AUGCUCCUCUUACACUUCUUCCUCGUUGUGCUCCCCCUACUACUCGGCAUUCACGCCGAUGUGGUGGACGACCAACCCACACCUGAAGUCGUCAACAGCAUCCAAAAUGUGGAGAAGCUGACGGUAGAGAUGGCUUCAGUCGUCCAGAAAUGGAAUGGUGAUGUCCUCGCUGCGCUCCCCAUCAACGACACAUCCGAUUCUUUGAUCAAAGCUAUCAAGGAUGGUGCCGAGACAGCCAAGAAGUCCAAGAAAAUGGGCGUCGGAGAAGCACUCAAGGUCAAGAAGGCCACAAAGCAGCUUCUGAAGGAGAUAAAAUCCUCACUGGGCACCAUUACCAGCAGCAAGCCGAAGUUUGACAACGCUGGCCUCACCUCAAUUAUGAAGGCCAGGCUCCAGGAGACCAAGACAGCGUCAGACAGCCUCAUCGAAGCCAUCGUGGACAAGCUGCCGAAAGUCGGAAAGCGGAUCGGUAGGAAUCUGGGGAAGAAGAUUGCUGCUGAGUUUGACUCUGCAAUCGCAGAAUUCUCAAAGGCUGCAAAGAACCCCAAAAAGAACCCAAAGAAGAAUCUGGAUGGAAACCACCUGAGUUGA